AUGUCCAAAAUCAGAAUAGCUAUUGACAGGGGCGGAACGUUCACCGACUGCAUUGGUAACCCCGGGACUGGCAAACCCCAAGACGACGUCGUCAUUAAGCUUCUCUCAGUUGACCCUAAAAACUAUCCUGACGCUCCGCUUGAAGGUAUAAGAAGGCUGCUGGAGAUAUUUCAGAAGAAGAAAAUCUCAAGAGGUGUUCCGCUAGAUUUGUCCGAUGUUGAAAGUCUCAGAAUGGGUACAACGCUCGCCACAAACUGUGCUCUCGAGAGAAAUGGCGAGCGUUGCGUUUUUGUUACAACGAAAGGCUUUAAGGACUGCCUCCUCAUCGGCGAUCAAACACGGCCACGGAUUUUCGAGCUGGCAAUUAAACGGCCAGAUCCGCUCUAUGACGUUGUCAUCGAGGUUGACGAAAGAGUAACCUUGGAGGACUUUUCCGAGGACCCGGAAAACGUGAAAUCCCAGCCUAGUGCGAAUGAAGGAGUUAUUGUUGGUAAGAGUGGUGAGAUAGUGCGGGUCCUGAGAAAACCUGACAUUUCGACUCUCCGAACCGCCUUGGAGGCCGCUUUCGCCCAGGGCAUUCGAUCAGUAGGUAUCGCGCUUCUUCACUCUUACACUUUCCCUGAACAUGAAGAGCUAGUUGCUGCUUUAGCGUCUGAGAUCGGCUUCACGCAUGUCUCGUUGUCGUCGCAAGUCUCGCCAAUGAUCAAAUACCUUCCCAGGGCAAACAGUGCUAUCGCAGACGCUUAUCUUACGCCCGUAAUUCAAAAAUACUUGAGCGGAAUGCAAGCUGGCCUCAUAAACACAGACAACACAAACAUUCAGUUUAUGCAGUCAGAUGGGGGACUCGUCGAGGGCAGCAAGUUCUCGGGAUUAAAAUCAAUUCUAUCGGGCCCUGCGGGUGGGGUUGUUGGAUACUCCGCCACUUGCUACGACCCUGUAACCAAGAUUCCCCUGGUUGGUUUUGACAUGGGCGGGACCUCCACCGACGUCAGCAGGUAUGGAGACGGAAAACUUGAUCAUGUGUUCGAGACCACAACUGCUGGAAUUGUUAUCCAAAGUCCUCAGUUGGACAUUAAUACCGUAGCCGCAGGCGGGAGUUCUAGGUUAUUUUGGGAAAACGGGCUGUUCAGGGUCGGUCCCGAAUCUGCCACCGCAGAUCCCGGUCCCGCGGCUUAUCGUAAAGGCGGGCCAUUGACAAUCACAGAUGCAAAUCUGCUUUUAGGCCGACUUGUCCCCGAGUUUUUCCCCAAAAUAUUCGGCCCUAACGAAGACGAGUCUUUGGAUAUGGACAUUACCAAAAAGAAGUUCGAAGAGCUAGCCGAAACGAUUAACCGCGAUCUGGGCACAAGAUUCUCCACGGAUCAAGUUGCAUAUGGGUUCAUAAAAGUUGCUAACGAAUCAAUGGCUCGUCCUAUUAGAUCUCUUACUGAAGCUAAGGGUCAUGUUAUAUCCAGCCAUCAAAUGGUCACAUUUGGGGGAGCUGGCGGCCAGCAUGCGGUUGCUGUUGCUGAGUCUUUAGGCAUUGACACUGUUAUAGCCCACCGCUACUCUUCGAUCUUAUCGGCUUAUGGGAUGUUCUUGGCUGACGUGGUUGAGGAAACCCAGGAACCAUGCUCUCUUGUUUUAGAGAACACCAGCACUUGUAUUAAAGUGGAAGAAAGGUUUGAAGCUAUGACCGGAAAGGCUACCGACAGCUUACUAAAGCAGGGGUUUUCAGAGAAGGACCUAUCCUUUGAGAAAUAUUUAAACUUGCGAUACGAGGGGACUGAAACAAGCUUAAUGGUCCUGAAAGAUAAAUCAAGCUGGAAAUUCUCCCAGGACUUCGCGAAAGCACAUAAAAGAGAAUUCGGGUUUAUUUUCAGUGACAGAAAUAUAAUAGUUGAUGAUAUUAGGAUAAGAGCAGUGGCAAAGUCGCCCGUGCGCUCCCAAACAUCCAUCGAAGAAGAGCUUGCUAGAUCACUUAUAUCUGAAAUUGAUGUUGAGAAGGAGGUCGCGUUUUACAAAGACGUGUUCUUUGACGAUCGACGCAUGAAAACCCCGGUGUUUCAAAUCGACAACAUGCCGGUAGGAAGCCGGAUCAAGGGUCCUUGUAUUCUCGCGGAUGGCACUCAGACUAAUAUCAUUCCAUGUAAUGCUACCGCAACCAUUCUAAGCUCUCAUAUUGUUAUCAAAAUAACGUCACGAUCUCAAGAAAGCGAUACGAAGUUGGAGAACCGCGUGGACCCUGUUUUACUUUCUAUCUUUAGCCACCGUUUCAUGGACAUUGCGGAGCAGAUGGGAAACCAGCUGAGGAAAACAUCAGUUUCAACUAACGUCAAAGAAAGGCUUGAUUUCUCGUGCGCAUUGUUUGAUCCCGAGGGAAACCUCGUAGCGAAUGCGCCGCACGUUCCUGUGCACCUUGGCUCUAUGUCUACCUGCAUAUCUGCGCAGGCCAAGCUGUGGAAGAAUAAAUUGAAACCUGGGGACGUCUUAGUUACUAAUCACCCCGAGAUGGGCGGAACACACUUGCCUGAUAUAACAGUAAUAACGCCUGCCUUCUCUGAAACCAGUGGCAAAAUCAUAUUUUAUGUUGCAUCGCGAGCGCACCAUGCCGACAUAGGCGGUAUUCUGCCUGGAUCUGUACCACCUAACUCGAAAGAACUAUACGAAGAGGGCGCGGCCAUUUAUUCUGAGUUGUUAGUCAAGGAAGGAAGGUUUGACGAAGAACUAGUCAUAAAGCUCCUUGUGGACGACCCUGCUCAAUAUCCGGGCUGUUCUGGGUCUAGAAAAAUCAGCGACAACAUGAGUGACCUUAAAGCCCAAAUCGCGGCUAAUAAUAAAGGUGUACAGCUGAUAGCUAAGCUCAUGACGGACUUUGGUUUUGAUGUUAUCGUCAAGUACAUGCUGGCGAUCCAAGAAAAUGCAUCAUUCACGGUUAAACAGGUUCUCAAGCGCAUGACAGAGCAUUUUGGUGCAACAGAGUUCGCAGGCGAAGAUUACAUGGAUGAUGGUACCGUAAUAAAACUGAGAGUUACCCUCGACACCAAAAAAGAAGAGUACGUUUUUGACUUUGAAGGGACUUCGCCUCAGGUCUACGGGAACCUAAAUGCUCCAGAGGCAAUCACUAACUCUGCCAUCCUCUACUGUUUGCGAUGUUUAGUUAACGAGGAGAUUCCCCUAAAUCAGGGCUGCCUCAAGCCUAUCACUGUGAAGAUCCCAAAAGGGUCAAUUUUGAGCCCUACAAAGGGUGUCGCUGUAGUGGGGGGAAAUGUUUUAACUUCCCAGAGAGUCACAGAUGUUGUCCUGAAGACUUUCAAGGUUAUGGCUGAUUCUCAGGGAGACUGUAACAACUUUACUUUUGGAACAGGCGGUAAAGAUAGUAAUGGGAAAGUCAGCAGCGGUUUUGGAUACUACGAAACCAUAUGUGGUGGCCACGGUGCCGGCGGUGAUUCUUGGAGAGGCCCAGGAUGGAACGGAGCUCACGCUGUUCACACUAACAUGACAAAUACAAGAAUGACUGACGUCGAGAUUUUUGAAAGACGAUACCCAGUAAUUUUGCGAGAGUUUUCUAUUAGGGCUGGCUCUGGAGGGAAAGGGAAGUUUGCGGGUGGUAACGGUGUUGUUAGAGAUAUUUUGUUCCGCAAAGCAGUUCAAGCCUCUAUCCUGUCAGAGCGUCGUGUGGUUCCUCCUCACGGAUUUGACGGGGGCGAAGAUGGCGAAAGAGGACUGAACCUAUGGAUCCGGGGGUCUUCGGGAGCCGUGAUCAACAUCGGAGCCAAAAACACGAUCAGCGCUCAACCUGGAGACCGUGUUAUCAUUAUGACGCCAGGUGGCGGUGGUUGGGGCCUGCCUGAAUAG